GUGUAUCCAGCAAUGUUUGCUGUUUGCGAGCCUCAUCGACUCACACAAACAUUGGACUGCAUGUUUGAGUUGAUGUAUAUCAUUGCAUGUGAUGAGAAAGUUGAUAUUGAGCGCAUGAAAAUGGAGAAGGAUUGGCUAGAGGAAAUGGAAAAGCAAAGGCCAGCAUACUCCCCUCUACUAGAAUAUUCCAUACAAAAAUUGUCACUGAAACAUAAAUGGAAAAUUAGGGACAAUUUAACAACAUUUCGAUAUCAUCUCUUCUAUUUCUUCGAAAUUUUGAUUGCUGGCAUCGAUAUCAAUGAUGUGAACAAGGCAAAUAUAUCUGUUCAUAACCUCACUCUCCUCUUUUACAUAAUGCCUCUACUCGAUUAUUCGGAUUGUGUAAAGUACCAUAAAGAUUUAACUCCUGACGAGAAAUCAUUGUGCAUUUUGUCAGCUAGAUUACCAGUACUGGCAGAAGUUACUCUCGAUAAAAUCUUACAAAUCAUUCAAUGCCUUGCUAUCACCAGUCCUAAGGAUUCAACGACGGCACUUGGAAGUUUCAAGGACGAAGAAACUAGGGAGGGUGACGAAGAGCAUGUGCUGAAGAAAGCGAUAGAUAGGUGUGUUACGGCACUGUUUACAAAUACCGCUGAUUGCAUAACAUCAGGCCAUGUUAAGAAGCUAUCGCAAAAGGUCCUAACCUUUGUAAAGACCAUCCAAUUUGAGAGCCAGAUUGCUACAGAUAUGAUAUCAUCGCUAAUUUCCCAAAUGACAUACGCUUCACCAAGGUUUUGGCUACCAUUUGCUGAUCAUGUUCUCCGCAACCUUCGCGAACUCCUGACGCGUAUGUAUUCAAAAAAUAAUAUAGUAACUCACGCUAGAUCGUAA